AAAUGGGAGUGUGUUGUUCAAGUGUAAAUUAUACAUAUACAACUUUUCAAGGAUUUAAUGAUAAUGUAUAUUCACAAUUCUUGAAAUCUUUUCAAGAAUAACAUGAUUCAGGAGAUUUUAGUUUGCUAGGUAAUUUUAAAAUAUUCAAUGAAUUUCUUCGACUUUAGUAAAGAGCUAAUCCAAUUGAAAUAGGAAUAAUUAAAUGGGAGAUUUGUUUUGCAUUGAUAACGAGAACAAAAAUGAUAGGUACUUAAUAAGAAUGGAUAAAUUUUAUUUCAAAUCAACAAGAUUAUUAAGAAGCCUUAGAUCUAUUUAAAGAUCAAGAAUUUCAAAAAAAUAACUAAGAAGAAACCCAUCCCAAUUGGUAACUUUUGAUAUCUCAAUUCAAUUUGAUAAUGAUGAAUUUGGAAUAAAGCAACUUAUAAUAUAAUCUGUUUGAGUAAACAUAUGCUUAUUUGUAAGAUUAAAUUGUAGAGCUUUAAGUUUGA